AUGGCACCCAACCAGGCGAACAACUCCAUUCGCUCUGUUUCAUGCGAAUUCUGCGGCACUACACGAAGUUGUGCUAAAGAUUUGCUACGGCAUAUACGAGCGGCCCAUAGCAGCAGUAAUUACUCGUUUACGUUUCGUAAAUCAUUCACACGCAAGGACAAUUACAUUCGGCAUCUAAGGACCUGUAAGGUGAAGCAUGAUAAAGGUCCUUUCUUGUGCAUCUGCGGCAAGAAACAUGGCAUUUCUGACAAGCACCUGGCACAUAUCCAAGAUUGCAGAGUAUGGCGACCAGACCGUUCGUCGUUGGGAAGAAUAGUCACUACGACGGCACCAAUUCCGAAACCGCCCGAUGUUGCCACCGCAGCACCCGUCGCCGAACGCGCCGAGAGCAGCAAUAGCAAAGUAAAACAGGCUUGCUGGGAAUGUCAGCGCCGGCGCGUAGUAUGCGACUCGGCCCGUCCCGUAUGCCCUCAGUGUAGGCUUCAAGGCAUUGUGUGCCCCGGGUACGACAACGUGAAGCCUCUGACUUGGCUAGCCCCCGAUCGGAUCACGAUGCGGAAGCGGAAGACCAAACAACCAAACACCAGCCAUUCUCAAUCGUCGAUUCCUUCAUCCCGUCGCCCGACAUACCCGCAGAUUUCCCUCUUACCCCUGACACAUCCUGUACCCUGCUUCAAAGUUCCCCGCACCAUCUCAAAAGACAACACAGCCAGCGAGUCUGAAAGGUCAGCCCGCUUGAUGAGUGAUUUCGGUCAAGCACGAAGGUAUAUCAGACAGGAGCCACAGCUGAGCAAUGCGACGGUUGCCACUAUUUCCGACGGGCGUCCUACGGCUCCUUCAAUCCCUCCUAGAUCCCAGGUCCCUCCCCUGCCCUCAGAUUCCUCAAAGAACAGACCAUUCGCCAUGAACAGUCCCAAAGGCAUGGCUGAUUUUGAUCCGCUUUCGUUUGUAGACCACUUACUUGGUCAGGGACAGCGACCUCAACUUCGACUUUGA